GAAGCAGCUUAGAGGCGGAGUCUCGGGAGACGCCGAAGAAAGGCGGGGCUUGCGUUGCCACAGUAACCGAAUCAUUGGCUGUGUUGUGGUCUUCCUGUGUACAGAUAUCUAUUUCCUGUGCUGAGAUCCACAAACUAUGUUUUCAAGCUUGCAGGCCCAUUUCGACGUGAUGCUGUAUCAUCACUAACCUGAAUAUUGGAGUGUGUUCUCCCAGGCGGCGGAGUUCUGCCUAGCAUCUCCUACCAGGACCGCUUAGUAAUAGAUGUCUGCAGGCUCAGCUUCUAGUCCAUUGCAUACUUUCCAGAUCUCUGUGUUUUAGCAGCCGGCAUUGCAUCCUCGGGCAGCAUGAAAGCUGGUCAGCAGGGAAGAAGUUGCGGUUUGAUUUCUCCGUAUCUUGCACCCAAGAAUCAGAGUGAGAGGUUUGCUUUCAUUGCAGAGUGGUAUGACCCAAAUGCUUCACUGCUCCGACGCUAUGAGCUUCUGUACUACCCGGUAGAUGGAUCUGUUGAAAUGCAUGAUGUCAAGAAUCGUCGCACCUUCUUAAAGCGGACCAAGUAUGAGGACCUGCGCGUGGAAGAUUUAUUUAUAGGCAACAAAGUCAAUGUGUUUUCUCGACAGCUGGUGCUGAUUGACUAUGGGGACCAGUACACAGCCCGCCAGCUGGGCAGCAGGAAAGAGAAAACUUUAGCCCUCAUCAAACCGGAUGCAGUAUCGAAGGCUGGAGAAAUCAUUGAGAUGAUAAACAAAAGUGGGUUCACUAUAACCAAACUCCGAAUGAUGACGCUGUCAAGGAAAGAAGCAGCAGACUUUCAUGUAGACCACCACUCAAGGCCUUUUUAUAACGAACUGAUCCAGUUUAUCACAAGUGGGCCUGUUAUUGCCAUGGAGAUCUUGAGAGAUGAUGCCAUAUGUGAGUGGAAAAGGUUGCUUGGACCCGCAAACUCUGGGAUAGCGCGUUCAGAAGCCCCCGGAAGCGUCCGAGCCCUCUUUGGGACAGAUGGCAUAAGAAAUGCGGCUCACGGCUCUGAUACUUUUGAGUCCGCUGCCAGAGAAAUGGAAUUAUUUUUCCCCUCCAGUGGAGGCUGUGGCCCAGCAAACACUGCUAAAUUUACCAAUUGUACCUGCUGCAUUAUCAAGCCCCAUGCUAUCAGUGAAGGUUUUUCUCUUCGAAGGCACAUGACUCAAGGCUAUAUUUAAGGGAAGUCUGUCUAAAUGUCUGUCUUUAUUUUGGUAUCUGCAUUUGUAGUAGCUGUUCAUAGCCAAGCUCACCAUGCUAUGAACAGUUGCUGUUUCCCUGCUUCGGAUCUUCUGUCUUCCCAACCACAUAACUGAGGCUCACUCACCUCGCUCAGUGUGCAUUAAAGCACUGUGUAUACAGCUGGAGAGAUGGCUCAGAGUUAAGAGUGAUUAUUGGUUUUGCUGAGGACCUGGGUUUGGUUCCCAGACCCACAGCUCCAGUCCCAAGGGAUCUGAUGCCCACUUCUGACCUUGAGGGAACCAGGCAAACAUGUUCAUUACGUCCAGAGCGUAUCUUUACUGAGAGAGUUGGAGAUUCUCCCUCUAGUCCUCUGUAUCUGGAACAGUUCUUUGAUGGAAAUGAAUAUCUAUCUAUCUAUCUAUCUAUCUAUCUAUCUAUCUAUCUAUCUAUCUAUCUAUGUAUAUAUCCACAUACUCAUAGACAUAUGUGGGUAUGCACACAUAUACACUGGGACUGUACAUGUUCAUUCCUUGCUUUAAACUAUCUCUUCUGCUUGUAUGAGUCUAGUGUGUGCAUCUCCAUCAGAUACUCCAAGUUGUUUUAAAAAUAAUGCGUAUAAUUUAAAAGAUACUUCUUGGAAAAUAGAAUAUGCUGAGUAGUAUGCACAAUAGAGUGGAGUUUUUAUGUGUUCUAAGCAUACAUAUAGUAGAAAAACUUGAAAAUUUCAUAUGCAUAUUUAUUAUAAGACAAUAAAAAUUUAUCUAAACCAGGCACGAUGCUACACACUUGGAAUCUUAGCACUCAGAAGUCUGAGAGUGGACAACUGCACUUUUAAGUCAUUCUGAACUACAUAGUGAGUUUGAGGCCAGACUGGAAAAUACAGAUAUAGAUAUAGAUAUAGGUGAUACAGAUACAGAUACAGAUAGAUACAGAUACAGAUACAGACAGAUACAGAUACAGACAGAUACAGAUACAGAUACAGAUAUAUCUCAAGACCUUGUUGUAAAAAAAUUAUCAGACUUGUUAUAGUUAAUAGUUUGGCAUGUUUUCUUCUGCAUUUGUGUCUCUGUGUACACAUGUGUGCAUACAUGAUACAUAUGAGUGCAUUGUAGCUGAGGUGUGUCUGUACUCUGCUGCUGUAAUUUCAUUUUUGUGAGCAUUUCUGACCUUUGAGGUUUUCUGAAUAUUUUAUGACUGAUUGAAUAUUCAUAGCAACCAUAUGCAUACUUGGGUUGUUUCUGGUUUUUUUUUUUAAAUUAAAAAUAAGCUGCCCCUUCUUUUGUGCUCUCCUGAUGGUUUGCCUUGUCCAACUUUGAUGAGAUGGGUUUCGUUUUGUCUUAUUUUGUUGUGCUUUAUUGUUAUCCCUUAGAAGCCCUUCUUUUUUAAAAUUUUUAUUUAUUUACAUUCUUGCCAUCGUCCCCCAGUACUUCCCCCACAGCUCUUCAUCCCAUUCCUCUUUCCCCCUAUCUCUGAGAGGAUGUCUCCCCCCGCCCCCCAACACCAGGUCUUCCCCUUCCCUCGGGCCUCAAGUCUCUCCAGGCUUAGGCGCACCUUCUCCCACUGAGGGCAGACCAGGCACCCUCAGCUGUAUAUAUGCCAGCGCCUCAGACCAGCCAUGCAUGAGCCAUAAUUGGUGGCUCAGUCUCUGGGAGCUCACAGGGGUCUGGGUUAGUUGAGACUGCUGGUCUUCCUAUGGGGUCGUCCUUCCCUUCAGCUCCUUCAACCCUUCCCCUAAUUCCUCCAUAGGGGUCCCUGACUUCACUCCAAUGAUUGGAUGUAAGUGUCUGCAUCUGUCUCAGUCAGCUGCUGCUAGGGCCUCUCAGAGGACAGCCAUGCUAGGCUCCUGUCUGUAAGCACAUCAUAGCAUCAGUAAUAGUGUCAGGCCUUGGUGUCCCCCUCAGCCCCCCGCUAUGAGAUGGAUGAGAUGGACCCCAAGUUGGGCUGGUCCCUGGACAGCCUUUCCUUCAGUCUCUUCUCCAUUUUUGUUCCUGUAGUUCUUUUAGAUGGGAACAAUUUUUGACUGUGGGUUGGUAACCCAUACUUGGGGCUCUGUCUAACUACUGGAAGUGGACUCUGAGUUCCCUCUCUCCACUGUUGGGCACUUUGGCUAAGGUCACCCCCAUUCAAUCCUGAGAUUCUCUCACCUCCCACGUCUCUGGACUUUUUAGAGGGUCUCGCCCCAGAAGCUCCGACCCCAGAAACUGCAUAUUUCCAUUCAUUCUCCUGGCCCCCUGGGCUUUUACCCUCCACCCCCUACCUGAUCCUUUCCCCCUUUUCCCCCUCUCCCUCCCCUCUCCCACUCAAGUCCCUCCCUCCCUCUGCCUUCUAUGUUUCCCCUUCUAAGUGGGAUUGAAGCAUCCUCACUUUGGCCUUCCUGUGUGUUAAACUUCUCAUGGUCUAUGAGUUAUAUCCUGGGUAUUCUGUACUUUUUUUGACUAAUAUUCACCUAUCAACGAGUACAUACCAUGCAUGUCUUUUUGGCUCUGGGUUACCUCAUUCAGGAUAAUAUUUUCUAGUUCCAUCUAUUUGCCUGCAAAAUUCAUGAUGUUCUUGUUUUUAAUAGUUACACAAUUCCAUUGUGUAAAUGAACCACAUUUUCUUCAUCCAUUCUUUGGUUGAGGACAUCUGGGUUGUUUCUAGCUUCAAGCCAUUACAAAUAAGGCUGCUAUGAACAUAGUGGGCAUGUGUCCUUGUGGUAUGGUAGAGCAUCUUUUGGGUAUAUGCCCAGGACAGUGUAGCUGGGUCUUCAGGAAGAACUAUUUCCAAUUUCCUGAAGAACAACUAGAUUGAUUUCCAAAGUGGUUGUACCAGUUUGCAGUCCCAGAAGCAAUGGAGGAGUGUUCCUCUUUCUCCACAUCCUCACCAGCAUCUGUGGCACCUGAGCUUUUGAUCUUAGUUAUUCUGAUUGUAAGGUGGAAUCUCAGGGUCACUUUGAUUUGCAUUUCCCUGAUGACUAAAGAUGUUGAACAUUUCUUUUGACCAUUCGAAAUUGCUGUUUAGAAUUCUCUGCUUAGCUCUGUACCCCAUGCUUUAAUCGAAUUGUUUAGUUUUUGGAGUCUAACUUCUUGAGUUCUUUAUAUAUUUUGGAUAUUAGCUCUAUCAUAUGUUGGGUAAGAGCUGACUUCCUCUAGAAUUCCUUGCAUACCCGAUUCCCAAGCCACUGAGUGCAGGUUUCCUGCCAGCUACUGUGUAAGGAAGAACUAGGCCUUGAUGUGGUCCUCAUAGACUGGGCUUGCAGAGCAGCCAUUGAAACUACCGUCUAGGAUGGGUUCUUCUGUCUCGUCAGUGAUGGAGCCUGGGCAGAGUUCAUUCCAUACCUUGGGCGGGAUGUCACACAGUGGAUUGGAAUUAUAACUUCAUAUAAUGAAUAUAUAGUUGUUGAUAAGUAAGUUUUUGCCCGGUUUGAGGGAACUUGUGACAGAAACUGCCUGUUUGAGCAGUCUAUUGCUGGGAUAAAUGAGUUUGGGGGAGUUCUGGUGUGCACAAUGAAGUCAUUGACUGACUUGCAUCCUUAUCUUUCACGGUAAAAAUUUCUGGACAUAAAUAGUAGUCAUGUGUAUGUAGGCAGUGUUAAUUCUUAGUCCUGCAUUUAAUCUAUGAGGUUACAGUAAUCUCUCCUCUCACUUCUAAGAGGGCUAGGGAAAGGAGAAACUUCUGUUGUUUAACUUAUUUUUAUUUUUUGUUUCUGGUUUUUAAAUACAUGGUGAGGGGAAAAGUAUGCUUGAGGUGUUUCGGUCUUUUCAUCUCAGAGCUCAGAAUUGAAAAGAAAGUAAAACCAGGUGAAUGUUUGGUUUUGUUUUUUCAUUUUUAAUUUUAAAAUCAUGUUUAUAUGUCCUCAAUAUUAUUUAUAUGCAGUUAAUUUAAUUCUGUCAAUAAAAUGAAUAGUCAUAAAAUACAGGGAAAUUAGAAAAUACAAUAACUGUAUAACAUAAUUACACAGGUGAAUAUAACUGACAAAUCAUAUAUAAUUUCAUAAUACAUAUAAUUGAAAGGUAUCAAAAUGAAAUUUAUGUUACAUAUAUAGUUUUAAUGUUUAUGCAGGCUUAAGUCAUUUCAAUCAGUUCUCUAAAGGUUAACUGUAAGUAGAGAUAUAAGUAGAUAAUUUCAUUCUGAAAUCUGAUUAUGUCCUUCGAAUACCAUUCUGUUGAUUACUAUCCAUAUAUGUUGACCCAAUUAUUUUGCCUUUUUGUAUCCUAUUUGCAUAUUUAUAAUAAUGAUAAUAGUGCUGUACCUUUUGUAUGACCAAGGAUCAGACUUACAUUAUAUGAAGGUGCUUAGGGGGCUGGAGAGAUGGCUCAGUGGUUAAGAGUACUGACUGCUCUUCCAGAGGUCCUGAGUUCAAAUCCCAGCAACCACAUGGUGGCUCACAACCAUCUGUAAUGAGAUCUGAUGCCCUCUUCUGGUGUGUCUGAAGACAGCUACAGUGUAUUCAUAUAAUAAAUAAAUUAAAAAAAAAAUGAAGGUGCUUAGGACAGUCCCAGCAUUGGUUAGUGCUGUAUCUCAGACACUGUAGCUAUGAUUAGUAUCCCUCACUACCCAUGCCACUGCUAAUAUCAUCAGCUUAAUUUUCAACUACAGCAGAACUUUUCCCUAGUAUAAAAAGCUAUUUAAAAUGCUAUCAAAACCCACCAGCCACCAGGGAAAGUAAGAUUCCUGUCAUUGCUUACGAAAAGGGGACUUGAAUUGUUUUCCUUAGUUAAAGCCUAUGUCUAAAUUAACUUCAUAAAGUGGGAUUGUUGCUUAAAAGGAACAAAGUCAGCAGCUAUUCUUUUAUUUAUUCUUUAAUAGUUUGUAUUAUUCAUACCAUGUAGCGUGAGCAUAUCCACACUCAACUCUCCGUCUACUUCCCCUAGAUAUCUCCAACCUACCCCUUCCCACUCUCAUGUCUUCUCCUUCCUUCCCUCCUUCCCUCCCUCCCUCCUUCCGAUUCCCCUUCUGUGUUCUUGCCCUCGUUCUCUCUUUCUCUCUCCCUCCCUCCCCCUCCCCCUCUCUCCACCAUCCACUGAAUCCAAUUUGUAAUGCCUACUGGAAUAUUGAAUGUCCUUGUGUGGAUGGCCUCACUACAAUGAGUCAUGAGUGUUUCAGUCAGGUCACAGCUGUGUUGUGUCCAAAUGACAAUUUCUCACAGUUCUUCUCCCAUUCCCUCAGCAUGUACACUCUCUCUGCCCUCUCUUCUUGAGGCCCCUGGACCUUUUUUGGGAGUGUGAAUGGGAAGGUUGAUAUAGAUGUCCCAAUAAAUGCUAGAAACUCACAAGUCACUGAUUCUCACCAUUUUGACCAGUUAUGAGUCUGCACACACUGAUGCCCAGGAGGACACUUCUCUGGCCAAGGUGGAGAGCAGCACAAACCUAUGGGUAUAAACGUAAAUAUUUAGAAGGCAGUUUGACAACGUGUCCAUUUAGCAAAGCAACAGUAUUGGUUCCCCUUUAGGGCCUAUGACUAUGGGCUAUAGGCUUGCUUUCUGGUUGCCUGUUAUGGUUGGUGAUAGGCAGAAGGGGUAAUCCUGAUGGAAAUACCUCUCUUGCACAUGGAAUGACCAAACAAUUUCACUUUUUAAAAAUAAAGACUUCUUUAUAAAUUAAGCCUGAAGAUUUCUUAGAAUAUUUCUAUUUUUAUAACAGAUUCAUGCAUUAGAUUGUUUUAUUAUGUAGAUCAUGAUAUUGUUCAUUCUGAAUUUUGCUUCUUUGGUCAAAUCAAGGUGUUUUAAGCUUUGUCUCAAUCUAGAAGUUGAUACAUUCCCUGGUUCUUUGGAGCUGCGUCAAAAUUCCUAGUAAAGAACUCUAUAGUCUGUGUGUUAAUGCUGUUUGGGUUGUAAAAUUAGUUUAAUUUUAAUGAGAAUAUUUCAAAGCCAUUUUAGUAUUUUUGAAAUAAACAGAUGAAAACACAGUUGAGAUAUCUGUUUGAUCAACUGCAGAGCAUGGAUUAAAACAGUGACAGUUUUUAACGUUGGUGCCAGAAUUGGCUCUGGUGAUGGCUGCCUGACGAAGGGUUUUCUUAGAACUUCUUUUCAUGUUUUAGUAUUUACAUAAAGAGUGAAUUUGACUCCUGAUAGACCUAGAGCCCUGCAAGACACUUCCUGUCUACUGUGUCUCCUAAUUUGGGGCUGAUUGCAUUAUUAGUUAGGCUCCCAGC